AUGAAAUUGUUGGUAGCGUUCGGCCUUGUUGCGGCCGCGCUCGCCUCAUGGGAAUCUUCCCCAAUCUAUCAAGGAUCUGAGCGAUCAUUCGUCAAGGGUAACACCUACAUCUUCUCCUAUGAUGGACAGGCAGUCUCUGGCGUUGCUGCCAAGGGAUCCUCAUCUCACUCAAUCCAACAAGCUUCCGGAAAGGUCUACGUGACCGUUGGAGACAAAUACUGGACGAUGCGCGGAGAUGACAUCAAACUCACCUAUGGACAACGCAAAAUGGAGGAGCCUCGCACUUUUGAGAAGUUGACCUCGCUUGAGCAGCAACAACUCACCGACGAGCAAAUCGCCAUUCUCCGUCUUCCCGUCCGUUUCCGUUAUCACCAAGGAAUCAUCACUGAUGUUCACUUCACCGAGCGUGACAAUGCCUGGUCUGAGAACAUGAAGAGAUCGGUCCUCUCGAUGUUGCAAAUGCAACUCUCACCCAAGACUCCCCAAGCCCAAGAGUUCUCGACUGUUGGUGAAAAGGAAAUUGAUGAGAACAACAAGUACUUCACUCAAGCUGAGCGUGUUCUCGAGGGUGAAUGCGAGGUUGCCUACACGAUUGUUGAUGGAGAGAAGAAGGACGAGAAGGAGAUCACCAAAUCCCUCAACUUCAACAAGUGCUCCAAGCGUGUCGAUAUCCGCUACGGAUUCCGUUUCAACUCUGAGUGCGAGACUUGCCUCGAGGAGGAUGCCCGUCCCGAAUCUCAAGUCGUUGUCAACUACAAGGUGAUGGGAGAUGACAAGUCUUUCCUCAUCAAGGAGAUCAACCUCAAGUCUGAAUACCUCUUCACUCCAUUCUCCACUCAGCAACAAAUGCUUGCCACCUAUCAACACGUCAUCAUGCGCCUCAUCAAGAUUGUUGAGACUGAGCGUUCGGAGGAGGCCCAAUGGUCAAACAAGAAAUCGACGAUCAUGUACAACUACGAGAAGGAGCUUGCCCGUGAACAAUUCUGGAUGAACGGAGAUGAGGAGAGCUGGAAGAGCGCCGGAUUCGAGUUCAUGCCAAAGAAGGAAAUCGUCGAGAAGGCCGUUCAACAAAUGAUCGAAUCGAUCGAUGAGUCUGACAAGGAUGGAGUCAAGCUUGAGUCCACCCACCAAAUGGCCCGCAUCGUCAUCGUUCUCCGCAUGUGCAACCGCGAAGAGAUGAUGGACAUCCACCGUACCGUGUGCGAGAACAGCAAAUACACCAAGGAGCAACAAAAGAAAAUCAACGAGAUCAUCGCUGAUGCCCUCGCUAUUGCUGGAACCAAGGUUACCGUCGAGCACUUGAUGGAGAAGAUUGAGAAGAAGCAAAUCUCUCCUCUCAAGGCUGCCCUCACCCUUAAAUCCCUUGACAUCAUCUACUCAAAAUCCGAGGAGACCAUUCUUCGCUCCACCGCUGUCGAUGCUCUCCGAAUGAUCCGUGAAGAGAUGCCCCGCAAGGAGUCUGUCAACCCAUGCGAGAAGCAACUUUCCAACGAUGUGACUGUUGUGCUCCGUUCUCUUCGCUUCCGUCCUUCCCUCGAGUCUCGCCACUUCCACGCCUCGACUUUCUCCAAAGCCCUCGACCUCGGAUUGACCAUCGACUUCGCUUCGGUGCUCACCAACGAAUCGGUCCUUCCCCGAAAGCGAUCCCCACUUUGGGUUGAGGAGACCCGCGAAUGGGAGCUUGAUUGCAAGGCUGAGUUGGUCUUCCCCGAGUCGCCCAAGUCCAUCCGCGAACUCCGUGAGCAGAAACAUCAGCCCGAGUACGCCGUUUUGAUGAAGAACACCAAGAAGAACUCCGAGGAGAAGAAGUUGAAGAUUGUCACUGCUGAGAACAAGGAAAUCGAGAUUGAGUUCGAGAUUGAGAAGGAGAAACUCGUGUGCAAGAUUGAUGGAAGCCGUGUUGAGGAUGAGGAGACUCUUUCUGAGAACGGAAUCGAGUUGAUCGGUGAGCGCACUUUGGAGGUUGUUCUUCCCAAGAUCGCCGUUCGUUUCGACGGAUAUAUGUGCGAGAUCAAGGCUGACAAGAGAACCCAAAACAAGCAAUGCGGUAUGUGCGGACAUUUCGAUGGACACCGCGACAACGAGUUCCGCCGUGCCGACAAUGAGGAGACUGAGGAUCUCGAGGACUUCCACCGCUCUUGGUUGAAGAAAGACUCUGAGUGCGAGAUUGAGGAGUACAAGCUCAAGGAAAAGACCAACUACGGAGUUGAGGAGAACAAGGAGUCGACCGAAUUCGAUUCGGAGGAGGACGAUUUCGAGAGAGUCAAGAAGGUGAAGAAAAUGCACAAAAAAAUCGACUACAAGGAUGAAGAGGAGGAGACAUACGAGCCAAUUGAGAAGACCAUCGUCAUUGAGCGAUCAAGCAAGACCUGCUUCUCCGUCGAGCCCCAACCAGCUUGCCGCCACUCCGAUGAGCCCCAAGAGACCACUCAAAAGAAGGUGAAAUUGGCCUGCUUGCCACGUGGAGAGCGCAAGACCCGUGAAAUGAUCAACAUGAUCAAGAAUGAGCAAUACGAUGAGGUCUCUCGUCUCGUCAACAACCUCGAGGAGCGCUUCACCGAGUCGAUCCGUGUUCCAACUCUCUGCCGUGUCUUC